CUUGUUGCGGUGCUGCACUGGUAAAAACAGCUAGCAGGUCGCACCGUUAGCCACUCAGUGAGUCCAGCAGCUGCAGUCAAACUCCGUCCACACACCAAUGACAGGGACAGUCCUCUCACAGAUAUGCGUUUGGAUGCUGCCUGAGACUCGGCUGGUUGGUUUUCCCCGCGGUUCUCGCCCCGCUCCGUGAAGCUCUCCGCGGUCUGACUCCGCUCGGCUAUGGAUCCUGAACGACUGAAACGCAGAGAGGAAAUCCAGAAGGCAAUGAGCUUUAUCCAGUCAUCGUUGCCUUUUCCAGAGCCGGAGAGUUAUGAGGCCUUCCUGACUCAGCUGGUGUGUAAUUUGCUGGAUGAGGGAAACUCCUGCUUUCGAGACGGAGACUGGCGCCAGGCGACCCAGCAGUACGGAGAGGGGAUCAGCGUCGCCCGCUACGCCCAGGCAGAAGCGCUCGUCAUCCCCCAUGAACUACUGGAGAGCCUCUAUGUUAACCGGGCUGCCGGCUUCUACCAGACUAGGGAGUACGAGCGUGGCAUUCAGGACUGCGACAGUGCGCUCUGCGUGUCGGAGGGCAGUCGCAGAGCUUUGUACCGCAAAGCGCUCUGUCUCAGGGAGCUGGGUCGACUCAGAGAGGCGUACGAAUGUGGAACCAAAUGUCUUCUCACUGCACCACAUGACAGGCAGGUGGGGGAUCUGGCUCAGGAUUUAGCCAACAAGCUUGGCCUAAAGGGUCGUAAAGCCUACGUCAGCCUGCAGACAGAGUCUACAGCCUCAGAAGGGGAAACCCUCGGAGACGGUUCCCCUCCCACCGGAGAGCUGUCCUCCAAUGGGUUGGAGUCUCUUGGUGACAUCGGACCAGCGGACCUUUCCAGUGCGCAGUGCAUCCCCGCUCCCCUGGCAACGCCCAUCCCGGUCAGCGACGACCCGACGACCACCGUGGUCACCUCGUGCACCGACCUGUCGGAGAGCCCCAGCAGCCAGGCACUGACCCCCAUGCCGUACUCCGUCCCGGUGUCGGAGCACAUGGACGAGUGCAGCAGCAGCGUCAUCAAGGACGAGCUGGACAGCCUCCUGGAGUGCAUCCCCAAGAAAGUCAGUGAGAACUCGGUCCAGGGUGCCAUCCCAACCAAUCUCCCCAACACAGCGGUGGGUCUCCGGCCGCCGUACUCUCCCAGCCUUCCGGCCCCGUCCCCCCAGCUGCCCCCCGCCUUCUUCAGCUCCCCCAUCAGUGACAUGCCCUCCUUGGAGCCUUACCCCCCGCUGCUGGACCAGGGCUCCACCCAGGCGCAGGACGCACUGGGAGGCUUCUCCACCGACGGAGAAGGGAAAGCAGGAGUCGCCGCUGGCGGGCUCGACUCGCUGUCGGAGUACACUCUCCCCGGGGGACGAGUGUGUCACAGCUUCAUCCCUGGGAUGCGCAACCACAGUGCUUCACACGCAAACGGCCCUGGAGGAACCAACCUGUCUCUGCUCUCCAGGAAUCCUCUGGCACCCACGCACGAGUUCCGGCAGGCGUGUCACGCCUGUUACAGCCGAAUAGGUCCUCGAGUGAUGGACUACAAGUAUCAGCCAGAGGCAGCGCAUCGCUGCAAGAGAGACGUGUUGCUGUGUCGCCUCAAAAACACAGAUGACCCCACCUGGAAGCGGAUUCGUCCCCGGCCCGCACGCAACAACUUCCUCGGAGCCUUUGUACUGUGUAAAGAGGUGCAGGAGCGGCAGGAGUGCCAGUAUGGGGAAAACUGUACGUUCGCUUACUGCCAGGAAGAGAUCGACGUGUGGACGCAGGAGAGGAAAGGCGCGCUGAGCCGCGAGCUGCUCUUCGAUCCUCUGGGAAGCACAGAGCGGCGGGCGCUCAGCGUCACCCGGCUGCUGCAGCUCCACAUGGGCAUGUUCAUGUUCCUCUGUGAGGAAUGUUUCGACAGUAAGCCUCGCAUCAUCAGCAAACGCAGCAAGGAGAACCUGGCGGUCUGCUCGAACCUCACAGCUCGACACCCGUUCGACGACAACAAGUGCCUGGUGCACGUGGUCCGGUCAGCCAAUGUGCGCUACAGCAAGGUGCGUCCGCUGCACCCGCUCUGCCAGUUCGACGUCUGUCGCCACGAGGUUCGGUACGGCUGCCAGCGCGAGGACAGCUGCUCCUUCGCUCACUCUGUCAUCGAGCUGAAAUGCUGGGUUCUGCAGCAGGACACCGGCAUCACCCAUGAAGAGAUGGUGCAGGAGUCUAAAAGACACUGGCAACGGCUGGAGCAGAACGCACAGAAGCAGCAGAAGCCGAUCCACAUCCCCCACCCGAGCAGCAGCGUCCCUGCGGGGGGGAUGGGAGGGAUGGGGGGCGGGGGCGACGGCAUGGGCGGGGGCGGCGUGGGUCCGGUGGGGGGGUUGGGAGGAGGGGCGGGCCGGGGCCGCCCCCUCAACCUGAAGAUGAAGUUCGUGUGCGGUCAGUGCUGGAGAGAAGGUCAGGUCAACGAGCCCGACAAGAACCUCAAGUACUGCACGGCCAAGGCCCGGCACAGCUGGACGAAGGAGCGCCGGGUGUUGUUAGUAAAAUCCUUUGAGAAGAAGAAGUGGGUGGUUGUUCGACCUCUUCCUUUCUCCCGCACCUAUCCACAGCAAUACGACAUGUGCGUUCACGUGAUGAAACAGAAGAAGUGCCACUAUAUCGGAAAUUGCUCUUUCGCUCACAGUCUGGAGGAGAGAGACGUCUGGACGUACAUGAAGAACAACAGCUUGAGAGACAUGCAGCAGAUGUAUGAACUCUGGCUGCAGCUCACCAAUCAGAGUCGACGCACAGACAACUCGGCCGUGACCCCGCCUCCAGAGGACAAGCAGGUCACGAUAACGGCGGACUACACAGAAGGCAUGGGAGGCCGGCGGUUGUCAGACGGGGACGACCUCUGAGCGUUGCCUCGUCGCCUCGGGUCAGCUGAAGGACGGACGGACGGACGGACGGAGGGACGGACAGGCCUGCCACACCAGCUACAACUCAACAGACCGCCAUCGCACCGCUCGGACCUCCAGCAGCGUCCAGACAGCUGUGAAGAAGCAAUUGGACUCCAAAAAAAAGGAAAAAAACAAAAAAAAAAAAACGGUCGAUCCUACUCUUGAUAUAUGCAUACACACAAACAUCUACACACAACACACAAGUCACAGGCACCAACUAACUCAAAGAGUGAGCUUUGUAAAUAAGACACAAGGACUUUGGCUUUAGCGUUUUGUUUUCUCUCAUGCUGCAGUUAGCGCCUUUAGGUUCCCCCUCAACAAUCCCACAGACAGCUGAAACAAUCCGCUAGUGUUCCUUAAUGUUCCGACUGAGCGUCCGCGUCCACCAGGCGAUUCCUUCCCGACUUCAUGUUUUCCCAACCCCGAUGGCACUGAAGCAACUGUUGAACGGGCGCGCGGGUCGCUGCUCUCAGAUUCAGCUCGGCACUUGUUGAAGACACAGUUUGAUCUGAGCACUCUCACGCUGGAAGUUAAGAUUUUAACUUCAGAGUGCCAAAAAAACCAAGAAGAAGAAGAAAUAGGCCGAGCUCCCAGUGCUAUCUGCGGCUUCAAACUGGAAGAGAAACGAUAAGUUUCCGAGCAAAAACCGCUUCCUGCUGCACACGUGUCCAGACGCUCAGUAACAACCAAAUCUUCCUCUCCCUCCAAAGGAACGGAGCGAGAGAGGCUCAGAAUUAAUCUAUGGAGAUUGAUUUAAAGCGUUUUCUUUUUUUCUUUUCAAGGGGAGUUCACUUCCCUGUUAUAUUGUCUGCCAUAUUGGUGGGAUGCUAUGAAUGUAACGCCUGCACGGGCCUUCCAAACGAGGAAAUCAGUCAUUGAAACCGUGGCUUUGGUGGAAUGUGUGCAAGUAUCCUUGCAUGGCUGAAAAACCGGUGUAACAUCCAAGCCCCCUGAAGACCCAGCGCCCUCUCUCUCCCCUCUCAUAGGUUCAGCUGACGCACAGCCCCGAGUUUAGACGGCAGAUCUCCAUAAGACGAACACUCCCCUCCCUUGGACUGGAGCAUGAUGGGAAAUAUUUUAUGUUGUGGGGCAGAAAAACACAAAGAAUAAUAAUAAUUUCAGACAACAAAAAGUCCAAAUUGCUAGAAAAGCUGUUAGGAAAAAAAAAAAAAGCUUUAGAAAGAUAAUUAAGAAUAUAUUUUUGUAGUUGAUGGUUGGGAUAUUUAAAAUAUAAGUUGAAUGUGAGGGCAAGUUGCCACAUUUUUAGUUGAAGUGGGGUCAAAAAAUUAAAAACAAUCAUUAAUGCUCCGACAGCCUUUGAGAUGGAGACCUGCGUUCCUCAUAUGCACCCAAAUGUUUAGUUCCCGACAGCUAUAGCGGCAGAGCAAACCUUGUCAGUGCGGGGAAAAAAACCUGUUUAAUUUGAGACAGGGAAAUGAUUCGCACCACAUGAUGUGCCUAUAAACACACACACAAACACACACACACACAUACACACAGAGGCAGGCAGGAUAACUGAUGCCAUCUUAUUCUAGCCUUUAAUGUGGACGGAGACACGGUGAAGGUAUGUCUAUAUUCAGAUACAUAUUAUACAUAUAAUGCUAUACUACUAAUGAUAAUUGAUAACUUAGCGGUUAAGCUUAAUAAAUAUAUAACCAGAAAACCUGUAUUGAUUACAUAGAAGAACUUCUUGUUAUUGAGGUAUUGCUAUAUGACAUGUAUCGCUGAACUAGAUAGUGAUUUUUUUUUUUCUCUCUCUCCCAAGAUUCUUUUUUAUUUUUGAGAGUUUUCCUUCUGUGUGGGUUGUUCCAGACGGGGGUUGUUGCAGCCGGGUUUUAACGAAAUACUUCAAGGAGAAAUUAAGCAGGCCUCCCAGGCUAGAAGUUUAUUUUCUUUCUUUUUUUCACCCCCCCCCCCCCCCCCCCCCCCCCCGAACCGGAUGUAUAGAAAUGUGGAAAGUGCCCUUUUUCUUUCAGGCUUUAGAGAAGCUGCACUUCCCCCCCCCCUCUCCGCUGAAAAACCAUGGUAACAGUACAGAGAAACGUCAGGACGGAUGUUUCCAACCCGCUAAAGAACAUCAAAAGCUCAUUUUGCCUUAGAACGAUGUUUGUGUCACUAGAUGCUCGAGUUCAUAACAGUUCAGUUGGACUUUGGGCCAGUCCAGCAGGAGGCCCAACAGUCCCCCGGCACCGGCCCUCGUCUGGAACAGCCCAGGUAUUAGCUUCCUGGAGGGAUCGUAUUACUACUACUCCUAGUAUUAUGAUGAAUAUGAUGACUAUAAUGAUUGCUAUCUAUUGACUAUUUCUAUUUCUCUUCUAUAUGCUAUUGAUAUAUGUAUGUUAAUUGCAAUGUAUAACUCUCUCUUUAUAUAUGUAUCCAUUGUAUGAAUAUAAUAAUUAACAGUAAAUAUGCGUCUGCGUGUGCGGCGGUGCGCAGCUCUGUCCGGGAGGCAGCGAGCCCGACUUUCCCGCUUCCGACGGAUCGAUUUAAGUCCCGCAUCCUAAAAGGAUUAAAAAAAAACAGGAGGCGACUGAUGAUUGAAGUAUAUUAUAACACGUUUAAUUCUCACUGCCUGCGCUUCGUGUUGGGAUUCGUGCACCAGGCAAGGGCAGAUCUGCAAAACGCAAGCAUACACAGAUGCCUAUAUACUCCCGUAUAGCGCCUUAUUCGAUAUACUACACCUAUAAGAUGAUACAUACCCCUAUUGUAUAAUCCUGCUUACUAUAUACAGUAUAUGAUACCUGAUACCUAUUAUAAUACUUAGACAACCCUUAUAAGGUAAUUUAGAUAAGAGAUGGUGGGCUGUCUUUUUGUUUUUCUGUGGUUGUAGAAAAGUGCGUCCUGGUCAGAAACGUGUUCUCAUAGAAAGUUGAGUCAGACUUGUCGGGAGAGAGACGCCACCUCAAACGCUUCACGUUGUCAUUCAGGAGUUGCUUGUUCAGUUUGAGGUUCGGCCACUGCCACCGACGCACUCGGAGAGAAAACCACCUGUGGAUGCCCCGUACUGCAUGUUCUGUCUGUUUGUGUGUGUGUGUGGUUUUUUUGUGUGUGUGUGUUGGUAACAUGACACAAACUUGUAUGGGAGUUGUUCAGCGACCGAACUGAAUUAGAUCUCCAAAUGCCAUCAUUAUAAAAAAGCGAUUGUUCAAAGUUCUUCAUAUGUUCUUCCCUAAAUGCGUAUUGCAUCGACUUUCGGUUCUGUAAAAGUCUCACGGCAGAAGCAUGGUAGAUUUGGUUAAGGCGUUCAAUAAGUUCAGUUCAGAAUUUCUGUUUUUUGAUCAAAAAGUUUCAGAUGGCUGAGCCCUCCUGCAGCAGUUUCAUUAAAAAGAUCACAUGCUUCGUCUCACUCCCGCUGAAAGCACCAGGUCCAGUGAAUGUCCCCUCAGUUCUCCUGAUAGUUUGUGUCAGUGGAUCGCCAGCACAAACACACCCCACACAGCCACAAAUAAAUGAUUGGAAUGAUUCAAUUAUCUGAGUAAAAAGGAAAAAAAAAACUAAAGGUCGGUUAUUAUUUUCAGCGGAAGAACGAAGAAACCAGGGUUGUAAGAAGUG